AUGGCCGCAACAGCCUGUCGCUGUCUCUGCAACACCGACUGGUACCAGGAGGAGGGGCCGGACAUUGAGUUCGAUGGCCUCGGCGGUGCAAUGGCUCCGAUCCAGCCCGCCCGCUUUUCCGACUUGCUCGCCUACUCGACAGACAUGGGCCAACCGCUUCGUGGCCAAAGCCUCCGCUCCGGCGACGUGUGGUUCCUGCGGUCUGAGGCGACGGCCGAGAAAGUGACGGUGUCUCUCUUUGUCAAUGGCAUCUCCAUCACGCACAGAGGGAAGGAGGUCCGGGCCUGCUUCUCGCCCUUCACGCUCGUCCGGAACUGUAAGUUCCAGGACUCGACGUCCUGCAAUCAGCUGACAUCGCUGAAGAUUUUCAAGAUUUUCUUCUUCGUCAAGAACCUUUGCUACUUCUUUGGCGUUCCGGCCGAGGAUGAAACCGAGGCCGACAAGGAGAGACAGUGCUGGGUUUCAGAUAUCGCCAAUGCGGUCCACUUGGUGACGCAGUCGCUGUUUCCUCCCUUUAGCAUAUCCUGUGAGCCGAUCUGUGCUGCUGCUGUUACCGCCCGUCGGCUGAUGGCAGGAUACGUGCUGUACCAUAGCGGGGACGACGUCGCGACCGUGCUCUACGGGGAGCUCUCGCCCCACACCCACGGUAGCGACCUCGCCAGGCUCGCAUUCUACGAAAAUGAGCAGUGCCAAAGACUGGCCAUGGAAAUUUGGAUCUCCGUGGCAAGCAACUGCUUCGAGAAGGCAGGUGUCGUGGGUUGA